CGUCACGUUUUCUUUUAAGUUAUCUUAUUAGUCAGUGGGUUAUUUGGUGGCGUUUCAUUUAAGGUCGGUAAUUCAUUUUUCUCUGACGCAUCAGGUAUUUUUCGCUCACUCUCCUUUGUUUAUAGCUGUAUGCUGUUCUCAUUAUAACGAGGACAUUAAUAAUACCAAAUGUCAUACAUAAACUGCAUCUGAUGGCAUGACAGUUAUACCAAAGAAAAAGUUUUAUUAAACAAAAACAUUUAUCUUUCCUGUGAACGAUUAGCGAAAAAAAUGGUUCAGAUAUAUUUUAUAUAUCUUAAAUUCUCUUAACUGUUACGAGUUAAUUUGUCAAACAAGAACUUAUUCAACUGAGAAACACGUAAUGACUUGUUUCAACUAUUAAGUGGAACAAAAUAUGAAGUGGAGAUUUUGCAUACACGAAUCAUAUCACCAAAUGUAAUAUCAUGGAGCUCCGAGGAUAAUCUUAUUGUUUAAAAGUCCCAAAAGUCAAAAAAAGACAACAAAGAAGAAUUGGGCACAGUGGAAAAAUAAUAUAUCAACCUGCUGAACGGAGACGCAUUUACUAACACUCACCAAAAUCAACAAGAUGGAACAGUUAACAGAGUUUGUGUCCAAAUCUUUCUCUAACGAAGAAAGCUUUAGCUUCCCUACUACCAUAUCCCAUCCUUUCUUUCCUUCUCCCCGUUCUUUUUCUGGCCGUUUCCCCUUUCCGUUUUCGGGAAAUCAUUUCUUCGCCUCAGGACUCCCCAGUCACUUGUUGCUCCCAACGAUCACUCAACCGCCAAUGAUCAGCCCUGUUGUUAGUUACCCAAGUAGUUUGGAAGAGGAGGCAACCAGGGAAAAAGAAGAUUCUAUUAUUGAAGUUUCCCUGUCGGAUCACGAAAGGUCCAAUCGGUUAACACCUUUGAAAACUGCAGGAACCAGUAACGAAGACUUGGAUUUAGUAACACACACUUAUGCAGAGAGAAAAAUCUCCCGUUCUGAUACACCUAAGAAUAUAGACGUUGAAGACGACUCUAAUGAUGAUGUUGGGAAGGAUUUGAACCUAAAAGAGGAUAAAGCACCAAAACAUUGUGACAACAAUACAUCUACAGGCUCAAAUUAUCUUCCUAAACAAGCCAAGCAACGUCGAUCUCGCACUAAUUUUACACUGGAACAGUUGAACGAACUGGAGAGACUAUUUGAUGAAACUCACUAUCCAGAUGCUUUUAUGAGAGAAGAGUUAUCUCAGCGACUAGGUCUUUCAGAAGCACGUGUUCAGGUGUGGUUUCAAAACCGAAGAGCCAAGUGUCGAAAACACGAGAACCAUGUUCAGAAGAGUUUGAUGAUGGCUACAAGUACGCCCAUUGAAUCUUCCCGUAUAGCUCCAUAUAUGAAUGUCAGUAGCGCCGCCACUCGGCUGCCUCAUGAAAGAUAUCUAACGUCUAACCGACACUACUUACAGUAUCCUGACCCAGCAUUUUUGGCGGCACUUCAAUACUACUCAACAGGAGCAGGCAGUCACGUGACCCAAGGAAGCCCACGACCUCAUCCAAGCUUAUUCUUCUAUCCUUCAGCUCAUCCUUUCAGCCUUUCCGCACUGAUGGCUGCUGAGCGACUCAAUAACAAAAGCUCAAGUAUUGCAGAUCUGAGGCUCAAGGCACAAAAACACACUGCUUCCUUAGGAAUUUAAGCCGCACCAUAUAACAACAAACGCCGAAUAAGUUAUAUCUUACUUCUGUAAUAUAUAACUCAAUGUAUGAAAAUAUCUAUAACUGCUGAACACUUUUGGACCAAUUUCGAAAAAACAUUGUUUAUGUUUAACCAAUCAGGUUUGUAGUCAACAAGAUAGAAAGCAACCAACACGGAGGCUCACGUUCCUAUUUCUUGUCAUUCCUUUAGUAGAGAUUUUCAUUAUCCUGAUACAUAAACCAAUUAAGGGUUGACAUGUUCCUAUUUAUUGAAAGAUAUGUCUUGAAACUAAUGUCUAA